GUUGAUGGGCAUGCGGAGGAUCGCUUGAAGCGAAGUUCCAAAGUUCUCAAAGAGUUGGCAAAUAUCUUGGCGAGAGAAGGAACCGGAUUGCAAAAGAACUGGAUCGACUCGCGGCAGGCUGAAAUUUGCACGGCUGUGACGAUAUUGAUUUAUGCUGUAUUCAUCGGCUGUGAGCUGGAGAUUGAGACCAAUCAUCCGAAUGCAGCCCCUGAGCUUUCAGUGGUCUUUCUCAUCUGCCACGUCAUUUUCAAUGUGGUGUUUGUGGCAGAACUUAUAUUGAGACUGCGAUCUGUUGGAAUCAGGUACUGCUCUCCAUUCAAUCCGGUGGGUUUCUUUGAUACCUGUAUUAUCCUCAUCGGCACUGGUGAGACUUUGUUCUCAGUUGUAUUGGCAAUCAUGUCACGGACUGAAGAAGGAGGUGAUGGUUCGUCGGUGCUGGCAAUUGCUGGUGUCAUGCGUAUCCUCCGCUUGCUGCGGCUUGCUAGGCUUCUGCGAGGAUUUUUGAUAUGCCACGAGUUGCGUCUCCUUGUGACAGGUAUGAUGCUGGCAUUGCCAACAGUAGUGUGGGCUGGAGUUCUCUUUGGCAUUGUGGUGUACCUUGGGACGAUGUUCAGUGUGAUCCUUCUUGGCAACAUGAAUGAGUUGCGCCAAUACUUUGGUACAUUUGGCCUUGCCCUUUGGAGUCACUUUGUGAUCGUGACAAUGGAGACCUGGCCAGAUGUUGCUGAUGCCGUACUGGAAGUUGCCAGUCCACUUUGGGGAGUGUACUUUGUGGUAUUUAUUUGUGUCUCCAGCAUGUCCUUAAUGAAUUUGGUGACUGGCGUGAUUGCGGAAAAGUUGCUGACAACUACUGACGAUCCAACUCCGGAAGUGCAAGUUGAUGAGCUUGAGGUCUUCCAGAAGGAGAAAGACGCUUUGAAAGCGGACCUGCAAGAGGUUUUGCAAGACGAAGAUCAAAUAGGUGGUGAUCAUUUCUUCUUCGUCUUGGAGUCACCAAAGAUAAGAGCCUGGCUCAACAAGCUUCAGGCCAUGCUGAGAGACAUGUGCUGUAAGUUCGCAGAGAGAAAGAGAUGGGCAAAACUCGUAUCUGCUGAGCUGCCAACGAACGACCUCUUUGCCUUGCUUUGUUGUGAGAAGCGAGAAUGGUUGACUUUGGAUGAGCUGGUGGAUGGCAUUUUCUCACUGAGGCGUUAUGGUCGGGAAGAGCUUGCAUCUCUGGAGGAACUGCAGCGUGAUGUGGAAGAAAAGACUGUGGAGCACCUGAAUUCCUUGCAGCAGAAUCUUGAAGAGGAGCUUUCUAAAAUGAGCGCUCUAGUAGAGCAUGAUGGCAUUGUGGAAGAAGGUGUGUCUUGGGCUGCAUGGGAGAAGGACAUCAAAAGCCUGGAAGACCUGGCAGCUGAACUCCAGUUGGGGCCUUGCCACCGAGCAGACUCUGUGAACUCA